AUGGAAACUCACAAGCGCGGCUUUAACCCUCCCCUGGCCGCAGGCGCGUACUCCCCCCGCCAUGCCCCCCAGCGCCCACCUCCCUGUCCCUUCCCCUCCUCCUCGCUCCCCUCUCACCUCCCUCCAGCCCGGCAGCCACGCUCCAGCCACCGCGUUUCCAGCCUCAACCUCCCGUCUCUCCCCAAGUCUCCUCCUCACACACCUCCCCCUCCGCACCCCGAGCACGCACCGCGCCUCGCCUCGCCUCACCCCACCUUCCCCCAUCUACACCUCAGCCGGGCUGUGUCUGUGUGUGAGGGGGUAACGUCCUCCAGAGAGCUCAGGAGGAAGCGGUUGGAUAGGAAGGGGGGAUAUGACUGUGGAACUGUUGGGACUGGGCGGGGGGGACGGUAUUUCCACACAGGUUUGCCCGCCGGCUCUCCACAGGCGCCAGGGGAGGAGCUCCCCCUUUCCACACACACCCACCCACCACACACACGCAGCGCCCCGCCACCAGCACGGGACCUGCCCUCAGCCGCCUCCAGCGCUCCAUUCCCACCCCCUCGCCUGGCACCUCCUCCAUCCAGUCCCUUGAUUGGGCUGCAGGAGCUGGAGGGGCAGAGCCGCGCAGGACCCGCGCCCGCGCAAGGCAAGGAGGAGAUGAUGCUGCUGCUGCUGCUGCGCGCCCUUCCGCGCCUCUCCCCGCCCUCGCUAACCGCCGCGCGCGCGCUCCCGCCCGCCAGGCGGCGGGGCAGUUUGCGCGGCGCGCGCGUUUAA